GGGUGUGGUUCGAGAACGUCGGGAACGUCUCUUCUCGUCGACGAGUCGCGGAAAUCGCGCGUGUUUCACGCCGCUGAACCUCGGCGCUUUUCCCUCGUUCCCGAGACGGCGGUCCGCGCGAACGACGCUCGUGUCCUUCCGUGAUUCACGCGCUCCGUCGCUGGAACCAAGCCAACCAAGAGGGACGAUCGCAGUAGUGCAGUGAGAGAGCGGGCGAGUCGAACGAAGUGCAAAGGGUGUACGGGAUACAGGAGAGAGAGAGAGAAAGAUUGACGGCGAGCGGCAAGUGGGGCGAGAGCCACAGUGGACGACGUUCAUCGAUUUCGCGUCGCGCUUUCACGGUUGCGUGCGAAACGCGACGGAAAAAGCGAAGUCGCCCUUCUCGCUGACGUACGCUGCGUGCGUACGUGUUUCUCCGCAUUGCCCCGUUAAAAAAAAAAAUCCACGGAGUUCCGCGUACGGGGGAAAGGAACUGGAAGUGAAACCGCGCGCGCUAGGCAAAGUUGUCCGCGAGGUCGGAGAGGAGUUUUCCCUCGCGCGAUUCGCGUGUCGACGGGCGCAACCUGGCGGUGACGAGUGACAAGGCUUCUGACGGGGUUGCACGUCGUCUGCUUCGACCUGGUGGCGGUGGUGGUGGAGGCGACAGCGGCAGUGGCGGUGGUGGUGGCAGUGGCUCUUCCACGAGAGGUUAUGUCGCUGCGGCCUCGAUGACGCUCCUCUGACAGCAGUGGCGGUGACGGUGGGACGGAGCGAGGGUGGCAACGGUCUCGUCGGGAAGUGUCGAAGUUGGCGCGAGGGGCGGAGAGGUCAGCUGUGGUCUGGCUCUGGUUCCGGUGGUAGCGGCGGAAGCGGAAGCCGCUACAGUAGCGAAGGCAGGGGGCGAGGAGGUGGGGCCGGGUGAGGCUGGUGGUAGUCCGGACUUCGUUGGUAGAAGACGCAAAUUUUAUCCUUAUCCCCCGUUUCGUUUAUCUCUCGUUCCUUUACCUCUCACCUUGCCUUACGAGAGCGGUAAGUUCCGGGGCAUUCGCCGCCGGCCACCGGAAACGCUAUCGACGGCGUGACAUCGGCCCCGCGAUCAGCCUUACUCCCGCCGAGUGAGAGGAGAGCAGGCAGGCCGUAGACAGGAGUCACCGUCAUCCGUCAUCAUCGUAGAAAUUGCCCUGUUCUGAGCCCUCUCCGACGAGAGGAGGGAGAGCUCUGUCAGCCUCCUCUCGCACGCGCGACGUCCCCAGUAUCUCGGACCCGUUAACGGGUGCUCGGCAAGGCACGCGCGUCAUCUGCCAGACAUCAUGAACGAGCUCGACAGCCUUCGUCAAGAAGCGGAGACGCUGAAGAAUGCCAUUCGCGAUGCCAGGAAAGCAGCAUGCGACACGUCCUUGGCCCAGGCCACAUCGGGCAUGGAACCUAUCGGUCGCAUACAAAUGCGAACGAGACGCACGCUUCGCGGUCACUUAGCUAAAAUUUAUGCGAUGCACUGGGGAAGUGACUCGAGGAAUCUAGUCUCCGCAUCGCAAGAUGGCAAAUUGAUCGUUUGGGAUAGUUAUACCACCAAUAAGGUUCACGCAAUCCCAUUACGGUCAUCAUGGGUGAUGACUUGUGCGUACGCGCCCUCAGGUAGUUACGUGGCAUGCGGCGGGCUGGACAAUAUUUGUUCCAUCUAUAGUCUUAAAACUAGGGAAGGGAAUGUUCGGGUGAGCAGAGAACUUCCGGGUCACACUGGGUACUUGUCCUGCUGUCGAUUCUACGAUGACAACCAAAUUGUCACCAGCUCCGGCGACAUGUCUUGUGCUUUGUGGGACAUUGAAACCGGUCAGCAGUGCACCUCGUUCAUCGGGCAUACUGGCGACGUGAUGUCUCUGUCGUUGGCACCGGAUACGCGCACCUUCGUGUCCGGUGCGUGCGACGCCAGCGCGAAGUUAUGGGACAUCCGUGAAGGCUCCUGUAAGCAGACCUUCCCGGGUCACGAGAGUGACAUAAACGCCGUCACGUUCUUCCCGAAUGGAUACGCUUUCGCGACGGGCUCGGACGACGCGACCUGCAGACUUUUCGACAUUAGGGCGGACCAGGAACUCGCAAUGUACAGUCACGACAAUAUCAUUUGCGGUAUCACCAGCGUAGCUUUCAGCAAGAGCGGUAGAUUAUUGCUGGCGGGCUACGACGAUUUCAACUGUAACGUUUGGGAUUCUAUGAAGACGGAGCGAGCUGGAAUUCUCGCUGGGCAUGAUAAUCGUGUGUCUUGUCUCGGCGUUACGGAAGACGGCAUGGCGGUGGCGACGGGCUCCUGGGAUUCGUUCCUACGCAUUUGGAACUAACUUGGGGCUCACCCCAGGCAGUUCCUUCAAAGAACCAACUACAGUCAACCAAUUUACAGCAUAAGAAUCAAGUACCACCAUCUAACUACCGAGCAAGUCGGCGUGCCAGCGACAUUGGCAAACAAUUCGCCAGGUUCACCGGAGUUGACGUUGAUCAGAAACUUUGAACCGGGAUACCGGAUUAGCAGCAGUAGCAGCAGCAGCAACAGCAGCAACGGCAGUAGCAGCAGCAACAAUAAUAAUUACAGUCGUAUGAAGACCCACGAUAACAACAGCAACGGCGGCGAUUUCAAGAACGUUUUGGGUUGUGGUGAUAAAAUGGAUUCCCACGGCAAGCGCAACGUAGUUGACUUGACCUGGCGACGCGGUAAAGUCGGCGACAAGAGCCAGGAAUAUCAACGCUUCUAGGAAGAACUGGCUCGAGUUGGGGUCGAAUACGAAGAUACAUCGCGACGAAAGAGCGGCAAGAAGGACCGAGAGUAUAAGAAUUGGAGAACGAGUGCCAACAACAAGGCCGACAGUUAAGAACUUCCUGCGGCGUUGGACGCGCAAGACUUUCUUUUUAUCCUUCCCUUUCUCAAGGACUUUCUUCGCGAACCUAUACGAGAGGCACGUGCUGUUCCACGACUUGAUAGUUCUUUUCCCACGGGGGUACUCCCGGUCGAGGAUUUCCGAAGUUCGAAGGACGGACGGACGACAAUCUCGCGCCGACGAUCGUCAAGAGAUUUUCCAUCUCGAACCAAGGUUCACGCGUUCACUGCCGAGAAAAUGCUGUUAACGGUUGCUCCGGCGGUUUAGCUAUGGAUUACUUUCCCAUGCGCAAAACGAGAUAUUUAUCGGGCACGAUACGAUACGAAAAUCGUAAUAUUGCGUCGCGACUCUCGGAGAUGAGAGACAAGGCACAGCCAAGCUCAUAAUAUUCCCGUGAUGAUGCGCGCUCGAGUUUAUACGGCGCACAUUGAACGCACAUGUGUAUCGAUGGGGGAUUCACGACGCGAAUUGCAUACACCUGUACACGCGAAAACGGAGGAAACGGUGCGGAUCGUCCAACAGCCUCGAGACACAUCCAAAUCGCACAUACUCGUCACGCGAGCUUUGCCCUCGUGCACGAGCACCAAGUCGAGCGGAAAAAAAGAGAGAUAUAUAUUAUAUAUAUAUAUACAUACAUGAAAUAAGACGAGAUCACUUUUCUUACCAUGAUAAAAUACGCCGACUUCGCACCACUACAACUAAUUACUAUUAUUACUAUUACUAGCACCACGACCCUCUCGAUUGAUUUCGUAGAUGUAUCGUUAUUUAUUUUGUAUAGAGACCUUUGCCAUAGGCCGCCCCGCGUCUGCGUUUUUUGCGAGUGCGAGAGCGACUGAGUAUGUUGUAAAAGAGAUCGAACGAGAGAGAGAGAGAGAGAAAGCUGUGAGAGCGUGAAAAUGAGAGCGAGAGACGCGCGGCCAAUUGUCAAUCAAAAAAGAAAAAAAAAGAAAACAAAAAACGAGACACGUGACGCGCAGAUAAACGAAACGAAUGGCUGAACAUGGAACAUAGUCGCUCCUUUGAUAAAUGAUUUGGUUCAUCGAGAUGUUGACGUUCACGGAGGAAUUACGAAAGGAGCGACGUACUAGAGUUCGAAAGAGAAAGAGCAGAUCGAGUUUCGUCUGCUUUUGCAUUGUGACUGCGUUACAACCGCAUGAGAUGACGGGCCAGCGUGAAGUGUCGAAGUACGUUUAACAUAAUGUGUAAUCGUUUAGUUCAUAGUGUCCAUACCUUUAAACCUUCUCUCCCCGCCCUUUGUCCAAUUGUCUCUGAUUACGGCAACGGCGAGAAGGAGACGAAGAAUUGAUCCCCGACUGUCGUCUCGGCGGUAUCUCUUCCCCACUGUCGAUUGAACGCCAAUCAAUCCUCGUGCAUGAGGCGGGCACGUGCUCUCGAUCGAAAGAGUCGUGCUAAAAAAGUACCUUUGAAAUAGGACCCAAAGAAUCCCAGGUUAAUAGAAAGGGCCGCGAAACUUUCUCUCUCCACAUCAUCAUUACGCUUUUAAAAUAGUUUUUGUUUUCUUUAUCGCAUUUUGUUUGUCACGGCCUUUUUCCUAAACACGUAAGUACGUAUACGAAUUUUUUCGACAGCUUUUUUUUGUUUUUUGUUUUGGAUAACUUUCAUCUCUAUCCCUUUCAUUCGUAUCCCUCUUUUUUUCGCGCUGUUACCACUUUCCUUCCCCUCUCUUUCACUCCUAUUUGUUCUAUCCUAUUUUUUUGUCAGAAAUAAAUGUGGAAACUGUGUAUGCAUUUAAAAUAAUAAUAUUAAUGAUAAUGAUUAUACUAUUAAUAUUAACGAUGAUCGUAAUUUAUAAUUAUUAAUAUUUAAUAUAUAAGUACAUAAGAUCGGUGGUUUUUCUUAAUAUUGCAGGAUUACAUGGUCCAAUCGCCUUCCGGCAACCACGUUCCGGCAGUGUCUUUUUUUUUUAUUUUCUUUUUUUAAGAAUUUUGUACAUUCACCUUAUACAUAUACAUAUAUAUGUAGUUAAUUGCGUGAUGCGCUUUGCUUUCCAUUUGUGGUAAACGAAUAUCCUAUUUCGAUAGGAGUUCCAUGGAAUUUUGUUUUAAUUAUGAAUAAAAUACAUAAUUUGUAUAUAUACGAAAAGUUGUUGUGUAUCACGAUAAAAAAAUUACGAUAGGAUGCGUCGGUUGCCAAAAUCGGAAGAAGUUAAGAGAAAAAGGCGUGGAUUCCGGAAAGCGACUAUAUCGAAACAUUUCUUUCCCAGUGGAACCAAAAAAGAAAAAAAAAUGUGAUCUGGCUACGAUCAAGCGAGCACUAGUCUUCAAUUUUUCGAAAGUCGUAAUCCCCGACUAUUCAAAUUUCGCAAUAUCGGUUCUUUUUUUCCACACGUAAUAU